GCUGAAUCAUCUGGGCAAAUUGCUUAUGACAUAUGGCAACUGUUCGGACAGUUUGUACAUGACAGUGCUCCCGAACGUAUUGAAUUCAGUCCAGAGAUUGUUCAAGAAUUCAAGAAUGCUGUGGAAUGCAACAAUUUAGCUCUUUUAGACAAAUCGUACCAAAUGGUCUACCAGCGUAUGCAAAAUGAUCACUUAAUUCCAUUUUGUCAGUCCGAUGCAUUCCUAGGAUAUCUCUGCGGUAGUCCUCCAGUUUCUGUCAAUGAACUCAUCGAUCAGCGUACCAUGCCUAGAAAGCCAUCUGUCUCAGGAGGGACGUUUUCUUUAGCGCAGUUUAGGACAAGAUUACGGAAAGCCAUAGCUGUAGUAUCACUGGAUGGCUCUCUAGACAGCGAAGAAUCUUUGGAGUGUAGCCCAGCUGUUGAAGAUGACUUGAUCAGCAUCUCCAGUGAAAGCGCAAAGGAUGAUCGAGCUAGUCUAGUGAGGAUUGAGUCGACAUCAUCGUUACCGUCAAGUUAUUCUGCUCAGCUGACUAUACCGUCCAUUGACGUCUCUGUUGUAAGCGAUUCACAGUCCAAUCUAUCCCCAGCGAGCGCCUACUCGGUUACGGAUGAAGAUGAGCUAAGUGCCUCAGCAUCUGCUUCUGCGCUAGAAGGUGGAGAUGCUGAACCGACACUUAUAAUAGACAAAGAGACGCGAAAUAUCAACCUGUGGAAAGUCAAUGUUAGCAAAAUUACUCCGAUGAGAGAUAAUACGACUGGUAGAACAAUUUAUGCCUAUGUGAUCGAUGUGGAACGUACAGAAGCGAAAGAUAAAGAGACCAAGUCGUGGAGCAUAUUCAGGUAA